CACGAAAGGAAAUAUUAUGGAGGGCUUCUGAAAUCGAGUGCUUAUUUCUGCUUGAUAGCAUUCGAUUUCAAAAUUGUAUCUCAAAACUAAACUGAAAAUCCACCAUUUGCUAACUUUUGAGAGCCCGUACUUAACGUAGGUUCAAUGAAAGAGAGGAAAACGAUACUAAAGAAAGGUGUCAAGAAAUGGCUGUCUUGACGGUGAUUGCAGGUGCUGUAAAAGCAGCAACACUGCUGCUUGGGGUCGGAAAGCUUACAAUUUUACCAAUUUUAAUUGUCUCCUUGGCAUAUUUUAAUUACGACCUGAUGGAUCCAGAAAAUCAUCCUCGAGUGACAAGAAACCUUCGUAAGGAAUAUGACUUUAUAGUCGUGGGAGGAGGUUCAGCUGGAAGUGUUGUUGUUAAUCGACUAACUGAGAACCCUAAUUGGAAUGUACUUUUGCUGGAAGCAGGUGGACAUGAAACAGAAAUCACAGACGUACCAAUUCUAUCUCUCUUCCUCCACAAAAGCAAACUCGAUUGGAAAUAUCGGACUCAACCUCAAGACUCGGCUUGCCAGGCGAUGGUUGAUCGACGCUGUUGCUGGACGAGGGGAAAGGUACUUGGUGGUUCGAGCGUACUAAAUACUAUGCUGUAUAUACGAGGCAAUCGUCGGGACUUUGACCAAUGGGAGAGUUUUGGAAAUCCAGGCUGGGGAUACGAAGAUGUACUUUAUUAUUUCAAAAAAUCUGAAGACCAAAGAAACCCUUACUUGGCUCGAAAUAAGAGAUAUCACAAUACAGGAGGUUACCUCACUGUGCAAGAUGCUCCAUACAACACACCACUGGGUGUAGCGUUCUUGCAGGCAGGCGAAGAAAUGGGCUAUAAUAUAGUAGAUGUGAAUGGAGAGCAACAGACCGGAUUCUCCUUAUACCAAUACACCAUGAGACGUGCAACCCGUUGCAGUUCAGCGAAAGCGUUUAUUCGACCCAUUCGACUCAGGCCAAAUUUCCACCUCGCUCUUUGGAGUCACGUUACUAAGGUUCUAAUUGAUCCACGAACCAGAAAAGCUUAUGGAGUCUCAUUUAUCAGGGAUGGCAAGCAUCAAAUAGUCUAUGCGAGAAAAGAGGUCAUUUUGUCAGCGGGGGCCAUCAACUCACCUCAGUUGCUGAUGUUGUCUGGAAUUGGACCCAGAGCUCAUCUUGAGGAAAUGGGGAUUAAUGUUAUUCAGGACGCCCCUGGAGUAGGGAUGAAUGUGCAGGACCACAUCGCAGUAGGUGGACUAGCAUUCUUGAUAGAUUAUCCAAUCAGCAUAGUCAUGAACCGUUUGGUGAACGUGAACUCUGCUCUUCGAUAUGCCAUCAACGAAAAUGGACCCUUGACUUCCAGUAUUGGUCUUGAGGCAGUGGCUUUCAUCUCUACUAAAUACGCAAAUCAAACCGAUGAUUGGCCAGACAUAGAAUUCAUGUUAACAUCUUCAUCCACAAAUUCCGAUGGUGGAACUCAGAUUAAACAUGCACAUGGUCUCACGAACGAAUUCUACAAUGAAGUUUUUGGAAAAAUCAACAACAAAGAUGUUUUCGGAGUCUUCCCUAUGAUGCUAAGACCAAAAUCAAGAGGGGUUAUCAAGCUGAGGUCUAAAAAUCCUCUAGACUAUCCACUAAUGUACCACAAUUAUCUCACGCAUCCAGAUGAUGUGAAUGUUUUAAGAGAAGGUGUAAAGGCUGCUUUAGCUUUUGGAGAAACUGCGACAAUGAAGCAAUUUGGUGCGAGAUUUCAUGGCAAGCCUUUACCAAAUUGCAAGCAUUUACCAUUAUUUACUGAUGAGUAUUGGAAUUGCGCUAUUCGCCAAUACACGAUGACAAUUUAUCACAUGAGUUGUUCUGCAAAAAUGGGACCAGCAUCCGAUCCAAUGGCGGUUGUAGAUCCAGAACUUAGGGUUUAUGGUAUUGAUGGGUUACGAGUGAUUGAUGCAUCGAUAAUGCCAACGAUUACGAAUGGUAAUAUCAAUGCUCCAGUGAUUAUGAUUGGGGAAAAAGGAUCGGACUUGAUUAAACAACAGUGGAAGGAAAGGACUUUCCGUAAGAGAAGUACUUUUAGUAAUGUGACUGCAAAUGCUGGGUGACGGAACGUGCUUUUAAAUAAAAAGAUGUUCUGUUGAAGUUUGAGCUACAAUCAAAGUGCCAUUGCAUGUGGCCAUAUCUUACCAUAUGAUGAUUAGAAUGAGUGAUUUCAUUCCACGAAAAUGAGAAAGGAACUUGACUUACAAGGAGAGAUCGCGCAAUUUGCGUCGCCGAUUCGGAUGAGGCUUCACUGGGUAAAAAUGCAUGAAUAUCCAUGAGGUGCGUAUUUUUCCUUCCGAUCCAAUGGAGCUUAGUUGCCGAAAUGUGAAGGUUUGAGUAUUUACGCGCGAGCGCUCGACGCGCCCCUGUAAUCGGUACAAACAUACACACGAAGUCCGGGGUUCCGGCCUCUAACAGUAUAGAUUCCAGCGCUGAAGCGAAAAUACUAAAAAUGUGAUAUCUCGGAAACUAAGACCCUUUGGAUCGAAAGAAAAAAUAAGCACCUAAUGGACAAAUCGGCCAAAUCGGCGACGCACAUCUCGCGACAUCUCCUUGUUGGUAUAAAAGUAAGAUAUGCAUCACAAUAAUUAUCAUACUCGUAAUCAAGACCAGUUUCUCAGUGACAUGGACCAGUAACCGUAAACCAGUAAAUAUUUUUAAAUAGUUUGUAAGAAUAUAAUUUAUUUAUUUUUAAAAUUAGGGCACUUAUUUUAGUAGAGAAAAUUUCUAGUUUCUUAAGAAGUGACAGUUUUACAUAAAGAACAAAGUAACCUGCUGGAACUAAUUCUUCUAAAACUCUCCUUUAUUCACUAGUGCGAAAUAAGUAUCUGCGUUUAUGUCCGAUUUUUCUCAAUUAAUUUCCAAAUUACAUGAAAAGUUUGUGCUUCGAUUACACAAGGAGUGGCGUUUACGGUCAACACUUGAGUUUAGUUUAUAGCGGAUAUAUCGCAAUUCUUCGGUAUGUGAAAUCGGUAUCUUAAUUGAUUGGAUUUACUUAUUUGACAUUGGACAAUAGAUUUAGUGAUGCAACAGUCAUUCGGUUGAAGUAAUAGGAGAAUCUAUAGCUAUAUACUUUUAAAAUAUAAUUUUUUCACAAACAAUACAUGUGUGCUUUUCAAGAAAAUCUCUUGAAGACUAGUAUUGAAACAAAAUAAUUUUUUGCAUUAUUUCAUAUUAAUUAGUUUCGAAGUUUUAUUUAAGAAAUAAUGACUACGUAAACAAUUAAGUUAUUAGAAUAUUGUAAAGUCCUGCUUUAAUUUUAGACUAUUAUCUCAAAUUUCUCGGUGAAAGCCUUAAUAUUUGACAUUGACUGACUACACUCUUAACUAUUUCGUGUAAAUAUUAUAGUUAACGGCAGUCUAUAAAGAUGAAAUACAAAAUAUCUUUAAAACAACAACUAAUGUGUAGCUGUGAAAUAAAUUGUAAAUAGAGAUGGAAAAAGUAGAUAUACAUAUAGAAGAAGUUGGAAAUAUUUUUAAAAUAAUGUACCUGUUUGAUAAUAGCGUUUUUAAGUAAAUCAUUCGCAUCACUGAUGUACCAAAGAUUAAAAAAUCUUCGUUUUAUUUCAAAAGCAUUUGUUUUUGUGCUAUCAUC